GCCCAGAGCCACUCCACGGCACCACAUGGUCUCCAGGGACACCCGCAGUGCAGCACUCCCCAUCUCUGCCCAACACCCCAAAGAGGCAUGGGGAGCCACACCUAAACAGGGGUCACAUCUGGCAGGGUGAUGCGAGGAGUCACUGCUUCCUAUGGGACGUGCCUGUUCUCACCGCUGUUCUGGUCGAAUUCAGCCCUUCUGACGUUUCUCACGUCUUUUGGGUUGGCUUGUUUGUUUAUUUGGUGGGUUUUGUUUGCUUGCUUUGCUUUUUGGUGCUGUUGUGUUGUUUUUUUUCCCCCCUUUGGAUGCCGUACUCGUGGGAAGUGAGGGAGACGGGAAGAGGAGCACAAUGGGGACAUGCAGGGAACACCGGGGUACAACAACCAGGGGGAGAAGCACCUUACCCAGGUUGGGGUCAUACUCGCUGAUGAACCUCUUGGUGAGAAACUUCACUGUCAGCGCUGCAGGAGGUGGAGGAGGAUGGCAUGGUCACCCCACUGAGCAGCGUGCUGUCACUGGAUCCCCCCCCAUCACCCCACACUCCACCUGCAUGCAGCAGUGGGGCCGUUCACCCCUCUCCCCAUCUGCCUUCCACCCCUUUUCCCAGCCCCAAAGCACCUUUUUUUCCCCAAAUCCUGCCCACUUGUCCCACAGCUUUCCCAGGAUUGACUUUUAGAGAGCUAUGUUGUUUUCUUUGCACUAAAAAGAAAGCCAUUCUGGGCCAAACAUCUAUGAUUUGAUGAUUUUUAGAGGCUUUCACCUCACCAGUGGAGCACAGGGAUGGCCUCUGGGCACCCACUUUUGGGACCUGUGUGGUUCCCUGCAGGACUCACGCAGAACACAGCACCAAACUGCACAGGCGGAAACAUUGCCGCUACCCAAAAGAUCCACAAAUAGCCAUUAAUAUAAAUAUACAUCCAUGGGAAUUGCAUGCAAAACAAGCAAACGCAGCCACAGCUGUGCACAUGACCCAGGAGGCUCUGGAACAAUUGCAGAGAAACUUUUUCCUCUCCUAAACAUACAGAACCCCAUUGUCACAGGGAUGCUGCCCAGCACGGGGGCAGAGAUGCUGCAGUGGUGCCAAUGCUGGAAGCAGGAGCGGUGCAGGCACCCGCCGCUCCCGAAAAGCCAUACAGCAGCUGCAGCUCAGCACUGCUCCCACCUGACUUUCCAGCCCCCCGGCACCCCAGGAUGGCCACGUUGCACUCUGCCACGGGGCUCUGUGGCGGCCUCUCGGUGCUGACCCGCGGUUUGCCGAACAUUGAGGCCAUCCUUGGUCCUGCGAGAGAGCAAAGCAACGAUGGUGGACCCCAUUUCCACCCCCACCCCAGAAAGAGAGAAAGCAGCAUCCCACCUGUCGCUGGGAUGCUGGGUGUGCGGAGGGCACAGCGGUGCCGGUGAGCAGCGGCCCCAGUGCUGCUCCCAAUGAAUGAGGCAGGAGGAGGCGAGUGCUGCUCCCUCCGCUCGGGUCGCAGCCAAACUCCUUGUAAGGCAAGCUGCCGCGCGGGGCCGGACUGGACACGCGUCCCCGGCCACCCUAGUGCCGUCCCUUUGCCUGCAUUGCCCCCCGCAGCAGAUUUGCAGAGAGACAAUGGCUGGCAUCGCCUCUGCGAUGAUCCCAGUGCGCCUUGCUGGGACCCCUCAAUGGGCACAGACCGCCCCCCCAGCUCCCCCUGUGCUGCUCGGCUGAGGACGGUGCACACAGUGCAUCUCACGCCAGCACAGUGCGCUUCUAUCUAUCCCUGCUCCUUCAAUACAAGAUUCAAAACAAGUCAUCAUGGAUAACAUCUGCUGCUGGCAGGGUUAGUGGGGAGAAAAUAAACAAGCAAGCACAAAACUACCCUUUUUCCACCCAAAAUGCAUGGGGAGAGCAGAGCACAGGCAGUACUCACCGCUGCCGACCGCCCCGAGCCAUCAGCACGAUGGGAUCCAAAGCUGGGGAGGAGGUGGGAGCUGGAGGCAGCGUUGUCAUGGAGAUCACAGCCGUUGGGAUGGGGCACCCAGAUGGGGCUGGACGCGGCCCCCGCGGUCCGUGCGUGGCCCCAAUCCGGGGUGCGGGCGGUUUCAGCGCCCAGGAGGGUGUGGAGGAUAUUUUUAAACCCUCCCAAAAUAGUCUGUGACUGUGGAAGUCCCAGCAAGCUGUCCCGAGGGGGGACGGGAUCAACCCCCAUGGGAAGGAAGGACAGCCGUCUGGGGACUGAUUUUUGGAGGAUGGCAACAUGCCCCUACCCUACGCCCCCCUUUGGAUACAGGUGAAGAGUGCUCCAAAGAAGUCCAAAAGAAAUCUUUCUUCUUUCUUUAAGCCAUUACAGAUCUGGGAAAGCUCUGCUUCCCAGCACAGGGUACAGCAAAGCUUCGCCCUCCUCCUGCACAGGGAGUUUUGGGGACCACAGCACUGCGACCACUGGUGCCCCAGUGCUGCAUUGACACUGCAUCAGCACCAUCCCUGCAGCAGAGCACACACCGGGUUAUUGACUGUAUACCAGGGAUGGAUUCUGCCCCAUUGCUCGUUCUGGGGGUGCCCCAGGAAGAACUCCAAAAGGGCUCUCCCUGCCCUGGGCCAUGCAGAGCUCCUUUCCCACGGCUGAGCUGAAGGCAUCGAGAUUUGCUGACAUCCAUCCCCCCCCUGCAGCUAUAAAACUAAGGGAAAGAAUAGAGAAAAAAUAGCACAGCCCUGCACUCUUCCCAGCAGGGAGGGCAUCCACGUGCAGCCUGUCCUGCAAUGCCCAUGGCCUGCAGUGGGAAAUGGGAAGGAGGAUGCCCCAAGGUGCCGACAGCCCCACAGCCACCAGGGAACCUCGCUGUGCUUUGGGACAGAGCCUGUGGAAGGGGCACGCUGCCCGCGGGGCCGAUCACGAGCCGGGCUAUCUUUAGCUGAAAGGAUUUAGGUUACAAGCGAGCGGCCGCCGGGACACAGGGCAGACACCCGAGGGUGGGCACGGCGAGGAGGGGCUGCCCCAGAGCUGGGCAGGAUGAGCCCCGAGGAUGAAGGUGCUCGGGUAGGGCCCUCAGGAAGGGUGCGGAUCCGUGUGGAGGAGCAGUGCUUCUUGGUGGAGAAGGCAUUGCUGGUGGAGAGCAGCGAGUACUUCCGUGCCCUCUUCCGCUCGGGCAUGAGGGAGAGCACGCAGGAGGAGAUCGGGCUGGGCGGGCUGAGCGCUGCCGGCUUCCUGGCCAUGCUGCGCGUGCUGGCAGGCGAGCGGCCCGCACUGGGAGGCGAGGAGACCUUCCAGGCGGUGGAGUGCGCGGCCUUCCUGCAGGUGAAGCCCUUGGCCAAGUACCUCAUCCACUCCAUCGACUCUGACAACUGCCUCCUGCUGUACCACGCUGCCGCCGUGUUUGGCCUCCUGGAUCUCUUCCAUUGCGCCGCGCUCUACAUCCGGGACAGCUACGCCGAGCUGGAGGAGCACCUGGGCUGCCUGCCUGCCGACCUGCUGGCUUAUGUGCAGGCCCUGCUGCCCAGCACCUUUGUGGCGGUGGGAGCCCACACACCCACCUUUGAGUUCCUGGAGGACCUCUCCAGGACCAUCUGCUACCUGGACGAGGAGAGCAACGCGUGGAGGACGCUCUCCUGCCUGCCGCUGAGCGCCAGCACGUUCCUAGCCGGCAUGGCGACCAUGGACAACAAGAUUUACAUCGUGGGCGGUGUCUACGGGGCCAGCAAGCAGGUGGUGGAGAGCAGCUUCUGCUAUGACGCCGACACCGAUACCUGGAGUGAGUUCCCCAGCCCGCACCAGCUGCGCUACGACGUCCGGUUGGUAGGCCACGAGGGCUGCCUUUACGCUAUCGGCGGGGAGUACGAGAAGAUCUCGCUCAAGUCUGUGGAGAGGUACGACGUGGCCUCCAACACUUGGACGUUCAUCUCUGAUCUGCCGCAGCCGAGCUCGGCCGCACCCUGCGCCCAGGCCAUGGGGCAGAUCUUCGUCUGCUUGUGGAAGCCAUUGGACACCACCGUCAUCUACGAGUAUGAGAGCCGGCAGGACGCGUGGCUUCCCGUCACCGAGCUCAAGCGGCACCAGAGCUACGGGCACUGCAUGGUGGCCCACCGUGACAACCUCUACGUCAUGCGCAACGGCCCCGGAGACGACUUCUUGCGUUGCGUCAUCGACUGCUUCAACCUGAGGUCACGGCAGUGGACGGCUCUGCCCGGGCAGUUCAUGAACAGCAAAGGAGCUCUCUUCACCGCCACCAUCAAGGGUGACACGGUGUACACUGUCAACAAGAUGCUGACGCAGCUCUACUCGGUGGAGGAGGAGGCCUGGAGGGUCAAGAAGGAGCGGGCGGGCUUCCCACGCAGCGGCUCCCUGCAGACCUUCCUGCUGCGGCUGCCCCGGCGCAAUCACGACAUCGCCACAUAGCUGUCCUCAUCCCACCUUGGGGUGCUCUCCAUGUGUAAUGGCCUCAGCUCUGUGCACAGCUCCCCUGGGCUCCUCUCCUCUCCUCCUCUUGCCAAGGACACUUCAUUGGACCCAGAGGUGACACGGCACCCUGCCACAGGGGAAAGGGUGGCAGGAGCUGCUGUCACAGCAGCCUUGUGCAAAGUGCCACUACGGGCGAGCCCACAGCACACAGGGCUUUGUGGCUUCUGCAGAGAAUAGGCUCUGGAGAGAUGCAGAUGUAUUUAUUUGGACUGCACUCUGAAGGUGUGCAGCAUAAAACCUGCUCUCUGCUCUAAUGGUUCCUUAUAUCCUGGAAUUAAAAGGAAAGCUGUAGAAAGCCCUGUGUUUUUCAUUACUCUUCUCUUGUGUUCUUUUCUCCUCCUGAAGGAAAAUAUCUCCCAACGGAAGACCUACAUCAAGACCCAUUCCUGCCUGCUGAGUGUUUUCAGCUACAGCAUUGCUCAGAGCUGCUCACGUAGUUCCCAGGCA